AUGCAAUUCCUCUCCUUCCUCACCGCCGCUAUCUUGGUCUCGACCGUUUCUGCCCAUUACGCUCUUACUUAUCCAUACUGGCGCGGGGACAGUUAUCCUACUCAAUGGAAUUACCCGUGUAUGUUCAUCCUGCGCACUAUCACCGGGAGGAGGUCCUCUGGUUUUUACACUGACUGGGGGUGGUGUCUCUAGGCGGAGGUGUGAACCAGUCCGUCUCCGACACGAACCGCACCGCCUGGCCACUCGACGGAGGGGCACUGGUUUUCACACCGACCCAUGACCACGCUCAGACUUUCGUCAACUUGGGUAUGGGAAACAAUGUUACGAGACUCAACAUCACCCUCGUCCCCGCCUUCAACCAGACCGGUAAUGGGACCUUUUGCUUCAAGAAGAUUCCCAUCCCACCCGGCCUGGAUAUCCAGGAGGGCGCCAAUGCUAGUAUCCAGGUUAUCCAGUUGACUCACAAUGGCGGCGCUUUGUACAACGUAUGUUGAAUCCAGCAGCUAGGAAUUUUCAGGCUGGAUGUGAAUGACGUGGCUAAUGGGGGAUAUGUAGUGCGCCGAUAUCACCUUCAAGAAAGACGCUGCGGGGCCACCGAAUGGAAUGUGUGUUAAUUCCACCGGUGUCGGCUCUUCGCCUUUCGAAUUCGAGGGUUCGGAAUCUGACUCGGGCGAUCAUGGAGGCUCGGGCAAUCAGGGGAACUCGGGAAGCUCGGGUAAUCAGGGAAGCACUUCUGGUGCUGGGAAUGGGACCACCGGUACGAGCGGAGCUUCAAAGACUACUGUUGGCAUAUUGAGAGCUGCUGGUCUUUUCGUUGUGGGACUUGCGUUGUUUUAACAGUGGUUUCUUUAUCUUCUUCCUUGGCGUUUAAAUAAUACCCAAUUCUGAGAUUUUA